AAAAGCGCAACAAAGCUUUGGACUUUCGAAUCCCCUCCCCACUCCCCACUCCCCUGAAUUCUCUUCCUUUUCCAUCCCUUGCCGUUGCCGCUCCUCAUUGUUUUACUUUGUUCCCACUCAUCCCCUGAAUUCUCGCCAUCAUUCUUGGACCCCAGAGGUGGAAAAAGCAUCACCAACUUCACCCUUUCUCUCUCUCUCUCUCUCUCUAAAACCCAAUAAUGGCUCCGAAUUUUCGUGACUGAAUUUGGCUCCUGAUGAUGACAGGUUUGAACGAAAUUCGGACUCCACCGGGCUCGUGCUCCCCCCCGCAAUUUCAUGCUGAUUCCGUGACUGGGUUCUUGCUGUCCUGACGUUCUUGCACGGUUCUUGUCGAUGCUCUCGAAAUAUACCAUUCGAAGGUCAUUUACAAACUUCCUUGGGUGCAAUAUACGUGCCAAGAAACUUGAAUGAGCUGGUAACCAUUUGAGUAUAGCGAGGGUCAGAAUCUGCUAGCCGUGACAAAGAACGGGAGAAUCGCCAGAAUGGAGGAAAGAAAACUGAAUUUCAACAGUCCGCUCUUGUCUGUGAGGCGAUAUUCGAUGCCCACAUCUUCGAGUUCAAACAAAGGGAGGAAAAUUCAGAAGUCCUUAUCCAGUCGACGGCACACGCUCCCCUCGAGUGAUUCAGACUCGAACAUGGAUCAAGUAACGGAACCAGUUGCUGUGCCUUUUACAUGGGAACAUAUUCCUGGCAAAGCUAAGGACAAUGAUCAGAAAUCUAAGGUCCUGCUUUUAGAAGGACCUAGUGUUUCUCCGAGGCUGCCUCCACGAAGAUCUCGGGAAUUUCCACUUGCCAGACACUUGGAAGGACCUAGCUCAAAUAAUAUCACUGCUAAAUUAGAUAGCUUCAAACAAGAAAGAACAGGUGAAAAGGAAGGUGACUUCAAGGAGGAUGAUGACGAUGAUGAUGAGGAUGCUUAUUCCGAUGCAGUUGAGACAUUGUCUCCUCCGGAGUCACUCUCAUUUUCUGUUAAUUGCAGCGUAAGUGGUUUGAGUGGAACAGAUGGGCCAGUUAUGAAGCCUUCGGGAACCUUCUCAGUAGAUUCACAGACUCGAGAUUUCAUGAUGGGUCGCUUCUUGCCCGCAGCAAGGGCAAUGGCCUUGGAAGCUCCUCAGUAUUCUUCCAGAAAGCAACCUGCUACAACUGAGCAAACAAGAGAUGUUAAGAAGCUCAUUGUCAGUGAAAGUCGACCUCCUCCGAAGCAAUACAGUAUGGAAAUUGUACAGUACUAUAAACAAGACGCAUGGGAGGAGGAAAGUGCAGAUGAAGAUGAAGAUAAAGGUGAAGAGAACAAUAAUUAUGGGAGUGUAUCAGCCAAAGGUUGUGGGUUACUUCCUCGUCUAUGCCUCUUAAAUCCAAUUCCGGGAAUGAAACCAAGGUCGUCAAGUCCCAUCUCUUUCAUGUCCCGAAUGAAAGGAGCAAGCAAGGAUGGUCCUCCUCGAUCGCAAAGCCAGCCUAAGAGAGCUGAUUCUGAGCACAAGUUGGACCAUGGUAAUCUCACUCCUAAGUUGCCAGGUGUCGAGAAUAGGAUGCUUAGCAGCUCUAGCCGGUUUAAUUAUUCUGGUGAGCUGAGGGCGAGAGGUGGAUUAUCUCCUUACAGGCGUUCUAGAAAUGACGGUGUUUCUCCACAACGAAACAGACCAGCUCUGCCUCCUCCUGAAGGAUUUGGAUUUCUUGGCCUAUCGAAAGAAGCCAAUAACAUUGACCCAAGCAGGUUGAAGUUGCUUUUAAAGAAAGUCGACAAUAUGCAAAAAGUUUCGACAAAGCUUACGGCAAAUCAAAGCAAUGGUUUGACCAGCCCUGCUGCAGAGAAAACUUUAUAUGUAGAUACUGUAAAUACUGAGGCAAAAUCAUGUUGCGAUUCAAGUUCCUCUAAUUUGGAGGUGCUCUCGAAUCGUGCUGCAGAAGACAUGGAAAGCCGUUCUGACACAAGAAAAACAGAGGAGAAUCCUUCCGAAGAAUCUUCUUUUCAAGAUAUAGAAUGCUUGGAUUUUCAGAAGUCAGGGACCGCCUUGGGACAAGAUCUCUCUGUGCCGAUAGAUGCUAGUCCCUCUUCUUGUUUCUCUACUCUCACAGGCCAAGUUGAGACCAUGCGCAUAUCGGCUGGUGGAGAUUCAAACAUCAACACCACCCUGAUGGUGAAAAAUGUUGAUAAGGAGGAGAUGGAUGUCACUUCACUUCCCUUGCCUUUACUGAAAUCUCCUUCUGAGUCUUGGCUUUGGCGUACCCUGCCCUCAAUUCCAUCGCGACAUCCAUUGUCACAUUUGACCUCAACCACUAAUUCCAAGAAGCAGGAUGCAAAAGUAUCCGGUGCUGAUACCAAGUGGGAAACCAUUGUAAAAACUUCGAAUCUUCACCAUGAUCAUGUCCGUUAUUCUCAGGAAUUAAUUUCUCAUGUUUCAGAGCAACCAAAGUUCUAGAUGUGCAAAAUCUCCGUUCACAGAUUGAAGAAGUUGCCUGCUUUGGAAUCUGCGGUGCAUGCAUAAGGUCAAAAUGGCACAUAUUUAUUUUGGGUAAAAUUCUUUUGGGACUGUUCUUUUGUUCUGCUACAGUGGAUGUUUCAUGUGCUCAUUUUUAGUUUGAGUUACACAAUUGUUGUUCCUAAGAGAGAGGAUAUGGCUGUUCAAAAAAAAAAAAAAAAAGAGAGAGGAUAUGGAGCUGAGCUUGGAGAAACAGCAGCUGAUGAAAUUCUGAACAGAACCAAAGUGCCUCAGCCACUCCCUCUUUUACUCUCUUUUUGGUUAAAUUUUAUAUAUAGGUCAACUAGAUAUAUUCCAAUUGCGAGCCCUGUUUGAAGUGGCGAUGAUAGUGUUGUCCAUUAUACUUGAGGAAUCCAUUAAUUUGAUGAUUGAAAUCUGUUUGAAUUUGUUGGUGUUUGUUCCUUUGCAUAUUUAGAAAAAGAUGUGCUUUACGCAUGGAACUGAUUGUCCCUGCAACUAUAAUAUCCUCAGGAUUGUAACAUAAUCUGGAGUUGAUUCUAACAAGUUUGUAGUCAAAUGAA